ACGCAAGGCGACCUUCACUUGUGUCACGUGACGUCAGAUCAGCUGUUGAGGUAAACAAACAAGCGGGUGUCGCGAGAGGUCGUCGUCGGAGCUGAGACUGAUGAUGGCGUCAUCGAGUCACUUCUAAAUGUCCUGCUUUUGCUCCCGGGCGUCCCAGAAGAGAGAGAGAGAGGAUGCAUGAUGCUUACGAGGCCAUUCCUAUUUUGGAGAAGCUGCCGUUGCAGAUUGAAGCUGUUACUGCUUACGAUGGAAACCUAGUAGUGGGAACUCGUCAGGGCCACCUGCUCAUGUACACAGUCACUCCCGGCACUACACGACGCUGGGAUGUGGCACUUCUCUGUUCCAACAAGAAUUUUUCGCGGAAGCCCAUUGUCCAGGUGGCAGUGGUUCCCGAACAUCAGAUUAUUGUAUCCCUUUCAGACAAUGUUGUAAGUGUACAUGACUUGACAGUCUUCAACCUGCCUCUGCUAUCAACUUUAACGCAGACGAAAGGAGCCACGGCAUUUGAUCUGGACAUUAAGCAUCAUAUAUCCUUAACGGGAGAGGCAGUCGUAACAGUUCGUCUGGUCGUGGCGGUCAGACGGAAACUGCAGUUAUUUUACUGGAAAGCCAGACAGUUUCACCAGUUACGAGAGGACUUGGCUCUACCCGAUGUUCCGCGAGCACUUACGUGGUGUAUGGAGGCCAUUGCGGUGGCUUUCAAGCAUGAAUAUUGGCUUGUGAAGCUCACAGGGGAACAGAAGGAAUUAUUCGCAACUGGCCGGAGUCAGGAGCCCCUCAUCGCUCGCAUGGAAGAUGGAGGGCAGCUAGCUCUGGCCCACGACAAGGAGAGCAUAUUUGUCGACGCGGAAGGAAACGCAACUUGCAACUACACGCUGAAAUGGGUUGAACAGCCAUUAGCUAUGGCUUAUGACAAGCCCUAUUUAGUGGCAAUCUUACCAAAGACGAUAGAAAUUAAAACCCCAGAACCCCAGCAUACUGUGCAGUCCUUGAAUCUUGAGAAGCCGAAGUUGCUUGCGGUUGCCCAGACAGCUAAAGGAAAGGGGCAGGUGUAUGUGGCAUCAACAUCUCACGUUUGGUGUCUCCACGCAAUACCUGUCAAUCAGCAAAUUCCACAGUUGCUUUCUGAGAAGCAGUUCGGUCUAGCUUUAAAACUGGUUGACGUUUGGGAUGAGGCUGACGAUGCAAAGUGUCAAAUGAAGAAGCACAUUCAGCAUCUGCAAGCCAUCCAUCUUUUCUGCAGCAAGAAUUACCAAGAGGCUAUGAAUCUUUUCUUGACACUAAAUAUAGAAUUACCCUUUGUUAUUGGUAUGUUCCCUGACAUGGUACCAGAAGAAUACCGCAACCGACUACAGUAUCCGUACCCCUUGCCGACCCUCAGUGGAGCCGACCUCGAAAAAGCACUCCAAGCCCUGGUGCACUUCCUCCUUGAGAUAAGGCACCAACUUGUGGGGAGUGACAGUGACAAGGGGGAGAAGAGCGAAGUUGUGUGCGACAACAAAUAUCCUUCUGCCGCUACCAGUAUUAAGUCAAGGCAUGAGAAGCUCCAGAUCAUUGACACAACGCUCCUGAAAUGCUACUUACAGACCAAUGACACCCUCGUGAAGUCCCUUUUGCGAAUGCGAGACAGUCGGGUGAGCGUCGUGGAAGGAGAGCGUGUCUUGCGUCAUGCACACAAGUAUCCAGAGCUAGUGCUAUUGCUCCAGACCAGAGGCCUUCACCAGCGCGCUCUUCAGCUAAUGAUUCGCCACGCUAAGAGACCAGAUUCCCCACUGUAUGGGCAUCACCAUACUGUGGCAUACCUUCAACACCUAGGUCCACAACACAUUGAUUUGAUAUUUGAGUAUGGAGGCUGGGUUUUGAAGUCUCACCCUGAAGAUGGCCUUAAGAUAUUUGUAGGUGAUAAGUCCACAUCGGGAGAAGUUGACCAACUGCCGAGACCAAAGGUGCUAAAUUUCCUUAAGAAGACGGAAAAGACUCUCGUCAUUCCUUAUCUGGAACACGUGAUACAAGAAUGGGACGACACAACACCAUUAUUACAUAACGAGUUGAUACACCAGUACAGAGACAUCAUCACUGCUCCGUUUGCCUCGAGUGACCCGGCUAAUCAAGAAGAGGAAAAGGAAAGAAGAAAAAAAUAUCAGGAGAAGCUUCUAAAUUUCCUCAAUGAAUCAGAGUACUACACCGCAGCUACACUCCUUGUGCAUUUCCCUUAUGACAGUCUGCACGAGGAGCGCGCGGUUCUACUCGGUCGUCUGGGACAACAUCACCAGGCAUUGUCCAUUUACACUCUAACACUUAAGGACACGCAAGCAGCCCUCAAAUACUGCCAGAAACAUUACACGACUUCUGGGCCGGGAAGUGAGGUGUAUCUGCUACUUCUAAAGCUGUUAGUAAGUCAGUCAGACUCCAGGAGCCCGGGAAGCUCUCCUUACAAAGUCCAGAAGUCACAACAGACUCAGGUCGAAGCCGUGCUGGAGCUUCUUCAGAAUUACCUUCACUGUAUUGAUCUAGGACAGGCUUUAAAAGUACUCCCUGAUGCAGUCACAAUACAGCUGUUAAAACCAUUCAUCCAUGCCUCUUUAAGUCAUGCCGGGACAGUACGCAGACAAAAGCAAAUAGCGCGUGGACUCACACAGUCACUGAAGCUCCAGACAAGUGAAGAACUUGUAUCUUGCCAGAGUUUGAAGAUUCCCCUCUCAGAGUUCACCUAUUGUGCCGUAUGUAGAAAGAGGUUUACAAAACACAGUGCUUUUGCUUGGUACCCUAACGGAGACAUUGUACAUUUCUCGUGCCAAAACCAGCGGUAGCACAUGACCCCAAAAUGCUACCGUGGUGAUUCCCAGUUUCGCGUAUCAACAUGAAUAGAAGUUAUGUGGUAGUUAAGUAACAUAUAUCAUGCAGCAUAUCAUUUACCUACAUGCAUAUUAACGAUUAUAUGAAUGUAGAGAAAUAUCGGCGAAAACAUUACUGUUAUGCAUUAUGUUGCCAUUUUUUUU